CAUGUCAGCUUUCUCUGUGAAAUUCCUUCCACCCAAUUCAUUUCUCACUCCCAAAACCAAUAUCACCGCCACCAGGCUCUAUGCGAAUCCCUCACAAACCGCCGUGCCUGCUCCGGCUCAGGCGCCGGAGGACGUCACUGCCGAGAGACGCGAACCCAGAGUGGAACAAAAAGAUGGAUUCUUUGUGCUCAAGGAGAAGUUCCGGCAAGGCAUUAAUCCACAAGAAAAGGUGAAGAUUGCUGCGGAACCCAUGAAACUGUUCAUGGAAAAUGGGAUUGAAGAUCUUGCAAAAAUCCCAUUCGAGGAAAUCGAUAAAUCUAAGGAUACUAAAGACGAUGUUGAUGUUAGACUCAAAUGGCUUGGUCUGUUUCAUAGAAGGAAGCAUCAAUAUGGUCGGUUUAUGAUGAGAUUGAAGCUCCCGAAUGGCGUAACCACGAGUGCUCAAACCCGAUAUUUGGCUAGUGUCAUUCGAGAGUACGGCGAGCACGGCUGUGCCGACGUUACCACCCGCCAAAACUGGCAAAUCCGCGGCGUAACCCUACCUGAUGUUCCGGCAAUUCUAAAGGGUCUCGAUGAAGUUGGUUUAACAAGUCUUCAGAGCGGUAUGGAUAACGUUAGGAACCCUGUUGGGAAUCCGCUUGCAGGGAUCGAUCCUCAUGAGAUCGUAGAUACGAGAUCUUAUACGAACUUAUUAUCGCAAUUCAUCACAGCCAAUUCGCGAGGGAAUCCUGCUUUCACCAACUUGCCAAGGAAGUGGAAUGUGUGUGUGAUUGGUUCACAUGAUCUUUACGAGCAUCCUCAUAUCAACGAUCUAGCGUAUAUGCCGGCCACGAAGAAUGGUCGGUUCGGGUUCAAUUUGUUAGUAGGAGGAUUCUUUAGCCCGAAGCGAUGUGCAGAGGCGAUUCCUCUUGAUGCUUGGGUACCAGCCGAAGAUGUCGUCCCCGUUUGUGGAGCGAUUCUCGAGGCUUAUCGUGAUCUUGGUACACGAGGGAACCGGCAAAAGACUAGAAUGAUGUGGUUAAUCGAUGAACUGGGUGUAGAAGGGUUUAGAUCAGAAGUUGUGAAGAGAAUGCCAGAACAAAUGUUGGAGAGAUCAUCUUCAGAAGAUCUUGUUGAACAAAAAUGGGAGAGAAGGGACUACUUCGGCGUGCACCCACAGAAACAAGAAGGCCUCAGCUUUGUGGGCAUUCACAUUCCCGUGGGUCGUGUCCAAGCCGAUGACAUGGACGAGUUGGCACGGUUAGCCGACGAGUACGGCUCCGGAGAGCUUCGGCUAACCGUGGAACAAAACAUCAUAAUUCCAAACAUAGACAACUCAAAAGUCAAAGCUUUGCUCGACGAGCCUCUUUUGAAGGACAAGUUUUUGCCCGAGCCACCGAUCCUAAUGAAAGGAUUGGUGGCUUGCACGGGCAACCAGUUCUGCGGGCAAGCCAUAAUCGAGACAAAAGCUCGCGCUUUGAAGGUUACAGAAGAAGUGGGGAGACUUGUUUCUGUAACGCGUCCGGUGCGAAUGCACUGGACGGGCUGCCCGAACACAUGCGGGCAGGUUCAGGUGGCGGAUAUCGGGUUUAUGGGAUGCAUGACUCGGGACGAAAACGGGAAGGUCGUCGAAGGUGCUGAUGUUUUCUUGGGGGGUAGAAUUGGAAGUGACUCACAUUUGGGGGAGAUUUACAAGAAGGGUGUCCCGUGUAAGGACUUGGUGCCUGUGGUUGUGGACAUUUUGGUAAACCAGUUUGGUGCUGUUCCAAGAGAAAGAGAAGAGGGGGAAGAAUGAAAAGAAUAUUGGUGUACAGGUAAAAAGUGUACAUCUAAAUGAAAUGCAGGGACUGAAAGUGAAAGUUCACACAUAUAUCUUUUAUUUUUGCUAAUUCAAUAAUUUUGUAGUAAUAAUAUGUAAAAGUUGGGGAUUCAUAUGACACAAUAUACCAUUCCCCAAUUUAACCUUUUGAUUUGAUUUUAUCUCUCAUUAAUAAAUUACUAUUUGCAU